GAAUUCUUGAAACGAUAUAUUUAAUAUUUAAUUUAGUUCUUAUAGUAAAUGGCUCCAGUACUUGGUUUGUUGGAAAAUGAAGCGAAAGUCAAGUCGAUCAUCAGAAACAAUAACCUACUCGAAAAAAAGUUUUCGAGCUUUCAAAGACAGUGUAGAGACCUAUCAAGAAACCAUGCACUCCUCGAUUCGUGUUGUUCACAAGUCAAACAUUCGGCAACAGCCGCAGAAGAAAUGUCAGUCAGCGAUAAAGAUGUGAAAAAUCACCAGAAGAAACUUCAUUCAUUUUUGGCACAGUCUACUGAUCAAGUUAACUCCACGAUUGAUAAAAUGGAUUUUUUCUGUUCCAAGGGCAAUCACUCUCUUCCGAUGGAAAUGUCAGUGCUUUCGAUCACACUUCCAUAUGAAGCGUGUAUUGAAAAAUCUGCAAAAAAACACGAAACUAUGGUUUUUUCCAUUGAUGAAGUUUCGAGUGCUGUUCAGCACCUGGAAAAUGAAAAAGUCGAUGUGGAAAAGCGUCAAUCUUCAACAGGCAAACUUAUAUUUCAAACUGAAAAAGAAAUUAUGAAGCUAAAAGAAGAGAUUCAAGUAAAUACAAAUCUCGAGUCAAAUAUUAUUCAAUUGUCUCUGGAGAAGCUUUCUUCAGUCAAAGACUCUUCUACGAGUGAAAAUGUUUAUAAAGCGAAACUGGAAGAGGAGAUAAACGAAGCCAGGCAAAUAUAUGAAGACGCAUUGAAACAGGAUGUGAUCAGCCAAGAAUCAGCUAUGAUGACCCAGCAACUAGAAUCUCUUAAUGAGUUGUGCUCUGACCUCAGUGAUCUUAACAAAAUUAAUCUUACAUCUAUCGAAAAGUUUCCUGAUUGCAAUGAGGUAUGCGAGCUCUCCGAUGAACUGCAAACUCUUGAAAAGUCUGAAGCUGAAAACUCAGAAAGUAUAAUAAAUCUCGAGGCGUCGUUGGAAGAUAUUAAAUAUCAGAACAAGAAAGUCCGUAAGAGUUUUGAUCAAAUAAACCAAUUGGAAAACGCAUAUAUCGUUAAAAAAGAGGUUCUGACUCGGAAGAAAUCUGCUAUCGAGGACGUCAAGCGACAAAUUGCUGAAAGCAAAAUCACAUUAAAUAAAUUGAAAGUGACUGUCCGUGCUGUGGAACGAUCUGACACCCCAGAGAAUGUGGAAUCAAAGAAAGAAGAGGCUUUUCGGCGUCUCGUGGCAUCUAGCACUGAACUUCCCGGACCAGAGUCAUUCCAGCGUGACAAUGUUCGAAAUGUGGAGAAAUCAUUGCGUUUUAAGAAGUGGAACCAAAGAACCACGUCGCAGUCGUCGUUCACUUCAGAUUCAACACGAUCUAUUGGACCGAUUGGUGUGCAUUAUCCAGGGAUAAAACUUAUCAACAAAGACGCUGCAACGCCCACUGAAGUUAUUCGGAAGAUUACAUCGGAGCUAAAUGAAUCUGCUACUUCUGAAGAUUCAACAUUCGAUGACGAUACAGGCACAACACAGGAUGAGUCUGGAUUGAAUGCAUUCUUUAAUUCUCCGGUUAGCAAAGAACAAACUUCAAUGCGUCCACAGUUUUCAAUGAUUGCUCAUAUGGAGAAGUAUGAUACAAUGCAGGCCAAGAAAAACAUGGAUAAAUUGCCUGAUAAUGUUCGCCGAGAAAGCGAAAUGGAACACAUUUCCCAUAAUUACGGCCGUCCCUCUGAAGUUAACCGCCCGGCGAGUGUUUCAUCUAAACGCCACGAUCCGGCUGCAAGUAUAUCGGCAACAUCGGAAGAGUCGAUCCUAUCUGGAACCACUCAGGAUGAAUCUAUGCUCAAUGAUUUCUUCAAUCCAACAGGCACCGACGAAAAACUUAACGACGUUGAGUUUUCCAUGACUGCGCAUGUGGCAGAAUUCGAUAACAGACAAAAAGCAAAAAGAGCUGCAGAGCAAAUUAAGAAGAGUUCUUCAAAAAUAUCUGGCAAAAAAGAGGAAUCAGUUGCAGAUGAUAAAAGUGGCUCUGGCAACAGCUACGUAGCUGAAAGUGAAGCUGGCUUCUCACAAGGAUCUGAGGAAAACGAAUCCAUGGAUGAUGAGGAUUUGGUUGCUCCAGAUGAUGGCGGUCUAGAUCAAACGAUUUGGGAUGGUGACGACUAAAACUUUCUACAUUCUAAUUUAAUUCAUACUUUUUUGUGUUCCUCUUAUACGGAAUUUUCGCGUAAUCUUGUACUAUUCCAUCAUGUUCCUAUUGUUUGUGAUCUGUUAUAAGUUAUAAAUCAUUGUUCUUUAAUAUUUCAAUAUUAUUGCUGUCACUGUCAAAAUGCUAAUUAAAUUUAUCUUUAAAA